UAUUAGUAAAGGCAAAAAUAUGCAUAGAAAAAACAAAGAUAGAGUCGUCGAAAGAAUUCUUGAUCACAAAUUUAUUAAUGGAAGUGUAAGCUACCUUGUCAAAUGGCAUGGUUAUCCAGAUGAAGAAAAUUCAUGGAAACUUCAAGAUGAAAUUUCCGAAGCCGUUAACGUGAAGAAACAGAAUGAAGGCAAUAAAAUGGGUAGAAAUUCUGGCAAGUAUUGUUUAGGUGAUAGUAUUCCUCGAUUUUAUGAACCAGAUUGGGAUUCGCACAUUGAAUGUAUUGAGACGAUUUAUCAUGACGAAUCUAGUAAAGAUAUCUUGGCUAUAAUAAAAUGGAAGUCUCAUAAAUUGCGAACUUUGCAUAGCAUUGAAGAAGUUAAGCGCAGAUGUCCUCAACAA